CAUGGGUGUCAUAGACAAAACAGUGGAGAACACUGGGAAAACACUGCAAAUAAAAGGCCUUAAUUCUAAAAGAAGCAGACAUUAUACACCACCUGAAUUAAGUUGCACAAGAAGUACGGAAGGAAGUCAACAUUCCCCGAUAUUUAACACUCAUUUGUAUGAAUUGGUGACCAUAGAGGGGGUCCCGCCAAUCGAAGCAGAAAUACCUGACAAGGAAUUCUCCAAAUACUUCACCAUUAUCAAAAGAGAAGUUUUCUUUUGUCAUAAAUCAAAGCAAAACUUGGCGGUUGUUGGCGAUAGCGAUAUCUAUUUCCGUGUGGAGAAUGAAGCGAUUGGUAGAGUGGCUGUCAGGCAGUUAAUCCACGAUUCCGAUGAUGUGACAAUAGUUAUGCAUCUAUCAAUACCAGAUGGCGUUACUGUUCGAUACAAGGAAAUAAAGUUCUUUGGUACACUCUCGUGGCAACCUGUCUGGAUAGACAGGGAGAAGGUUACCAAUUUUGAAAGUCCAACAUCCAUACAAAACCUGGACAAAAGCAUAGACAUUGCUUUCUCGUUGAGUCCCACCACAUUCUACCGCACCCUGAUUGGUCCAGAGGGAUAUGAUUUGAGAGUGGGGGAAGGCAACUCAACCAACGUCAUGGAAGGAGAUAGUUUCAAGUGCCAAAAAACUGAGGAAUAUAAGGAUAAGAUUGAUGCAUUUAAAACAGUUGUGAAGCUAAAAUUGAAUUCUAAUAGUGUCUUCUCAUUGGCCACUGUGCUUGAGGAAUCUGAACCAAGUUUUUAUAAAACUGUCAACACAGAAAUACUGAUUUGCAGUGAUGAUGAUAAGAAAUCGGGUUUUGUGAGAGUAUUAAAUACUAUGGAGUUGCUAGUACCUGUGCGUGAAAUAGAAUCAUACGAUGGCAUCUACAUUGUACCAAAGACUCUGAGUGACGGUCAUUCACUGUCGGCGACAAUCAUUGAGCUCAAAUACUUGCAUCUAGAAACAAUGGAACCGGUCAUUUUUGGGGGUACACUGAUAUUUGAGACUCCAGGACUUAUUGAACCAACACUGGAUGCUAGGAGGCAUGCGUUGCCAGUGUGUGUGGACGAGGCAGUGCGAUGGACAGGUCAUGGUUUGCCAGCCGACCCGGGUCUGUUUCGCGACUAUUACAGACAUCAACCGUAUGAACCUAUCAUGAAGACACUGCAAAUCUCCAACAGUCAACCGCUGUAUUCACUGGCACUCAACUUUAAAAUCUAUGAUUAUAUGCUGCAUAGUGUCGAUGUAACAAAAUGUGAGCUGUCUAGUGAAAAUGGUCGCCGGCUACUUCCACCUUGCUCGAUCAAGAAUCUGGGACUAAGUACGGCAGAGCAGGAAUCAACCAAAAAGCAGUUAGAUGUCAACUCAAAUUACUCCCAAUAUCUAUCAGUGAUGGCUAAUGAAGUCUGGAAAUGCGAAGGAAAGACAGUGAUAGAUGCUCAUCAAAAGAACAGGAGAAGCUUUCUGAAAAGGUAUGUAAGGGUUGUGAAUGAAGUGGAGAUGGUACUGACAGAAGCCACCCCUCUCCACAUCGGUGAAAUCGACAAUUUUCCGGCGAAAGGAUUUUCGGUCAAAAUGAGGAACGGGCAAGCUGUGGCCACCUACAAAGAAGUCAGAAAUACGAGAGAAAACGAGGAUAAAUAUAUCACCAUAUUUUUUGAUGGCAUUACGGUUUUGGAGGAUUACCUCAGGAAAAAAGAUGGAGAUUCGAUGAGUGGAACGGUUGUUGUACCAAUAAAACAUUAUGAAAAUUAUUUCAAUCGGUACGAGAGGAUUGGAGGAUUAAGUCAUAACGACAGUAAAACUUACAAGUUUACCACAAAUGAUAAGGAAGGAGUUAUGAUGAAGAUAGGUUCUGUGUUGACGGAAGAUUCCUCUCUCUCUAACCCUGGAGAACAAGGUGCAGAAAUAAUCUGCGAGAUAAAUGAAACACAUGUCCCCCGUGAGAACAAACUGUACGAUAUGCACAUUUACUUCUUGAAUGCAACGAAAGAGUGGGAGGAAAUUAAUUUCUGGGAAGACGGUCUGUUGGAAGGUCAACAUCAGGAUGUGUGGACCUGCAGAAGAAAUCACAUGAUAAUUUUCUACCGGGUCACCAACUACGUUGUGAUACAGAAAGACAUAAACAUAGAUUAUGGUGAUGGCAUAUAUAUUGGCUUACUAGAUCUCCCCGAUAAGAGCACUAAAAAUGUGGAAAUCCAUGAGGUCAAGUUUUUACAUCCACAAACAUUAAAAGCUAUAAGAUAUGAGGGUGACCUACAGCUGGAGCCCAAGUAUAAUAAUAUACCAAUAGCUCGGAGUUUGUUCCCUCUGGACUCUAAGGAAGCUUCAUCAAAUGGAGGAUUCGGUUACCAAAAAACAGCAUCAGGUGACGACUAUUGGACACUGGAUGCACUGGCAGUUCUGUUAGCGAGAAAGAGAGGGAUACAUGAAUUGGAUACGCAUACAGACGAAGAUGAAAUACUCGUACCAGCAGAAAAAGGGGACGGACUAUACCGGGCGUUCUCACACGAAAACGGUCCUCUCACUCUAGUCAUUGGCUGUCAAUAUGAGGAGACAAUACCACCAGAAAAAAAGCUCAAGUGUAUGGAGCAUAAGUGGAACAAGGAGUUUUGGACUGAGUAUCAUCCAAAAGUAGUGGAAGUGACAGCUGAGAGGGUCAAUGAGUUAGAUUGGCAUAUAUUCAAAGAACUUUUCAAAAUCGAAGAACAGAUUAUAUGGAUUUGUGUGUUAGAAGAGAACGAUCUGGAUAAGAAUGUGUUCCUUCGAAUUGAAACCAAACUUCUCUCAGCACCCAGGAUGCAUGCAAGGCCGAAUGUGCUGAUAUUGAGAGACACUGUGGACAGCUGUGAUAAAAUAGUAAAUGGGACUUCCUACUCUAUGGUUAUCGAAGAAACAGUUCUCAUCAACAUCAAAACUAAUAAAUACGUGAAAUAUGAUGGGGUGAUUUACAACAUUAAUGAACCCGAGAAAUAUGAACCACCAAAGCAUGCCUUUUCUAUGUUGGGUGCGGUUUUUUAUACACCAGCCCUUAUGGAAGAGUCAACGAAAAAUACCUUGAAAAAGAGUAGGCGGAUUGCAAAAGCGGCAACAAAGACCUGGGAAAAGGGUGGAAAAAUGGUGUCGCAUGUAGUGGGAAGUACAUUGCAUUUGUUUGGGUUGAAGUAGAUCAUGAAAGGCCACUCAUUUGGGACGAUUUCAAGUUGUGAUACUAAUACUACAGGUACUAAUAGUGAUUAGGGAUGGAUAUCGAUACAUCGAUGUUUACUGUUCGAUGUUUUUCACUUAUCGAUGUUAGGAUGAAAAAAAAAUUGAUCUUCAAAACAUUGAUGUUUUGUCUUUUGAUACCCAUCCCUGAUUAGUGAUACUAGAUGAAGGGAUUAUAAUACAAGGGGUCCAAGUGACAUUUUGUUAAAUUCAAGAAAAUUGAGCCUGACCUAAAGUUUACUCAAAUUAAUUAAUACUUCAUUCAUGGAAUGAAUAUAGAAAUGAUAUUUAUUUAUUCCUAUAACUAUUCAGUAUACUUUUACCAUAUCAAACAUACAGUUCCAUGUCUCAAAUUGCUCUCCUUUCUCAAUUAUCAGCAAAAUAGUGAUAAGAAGUAUCACUUGUACCCCUUGUUUAACCAACAAAACUCUAUUGUCCAGCUGCACAUAAAUCUAUCAAAUCUACCAGUAAUUGGACAAUGAUU